GAUGGUUCUGGGAAGCCCAGAAGCAGGUCAUGAAAACAAUAGGUUCCGGUUGUUGCUCCUCCACAAAUAAUAUUCAAAGGCAUUGUGCUUCUGAAUCAGUAGUACCAUGGAUGCACGUUUUACUCGUGGGAAAUCUGCUAUCCUUGAACGGUCGCUCACCCGACCCAAGACAGAUGUCAGCCUCAGUGCCUUUUCACUCCUUUUUUCUGAGAUUGUGCAGUACUGCCAGAACAGGGUCUACUCUGUUUCUGAGCUUCAGAACAAACUUUCUGAGCUAGGCCAGCAGGUGGGAGCCCGUAUCUUGGAUGUGCUGGUGAUGCGAGAGAAAAAUGGUAAGCGAGAAACCAAAGUCAUCAACAUUCUGCUCUUCAUCAAGGUGACUGUAUGGAAGGCUCUCUUUGGGAAGGAGGCUGACAAGCUGGAGCAAGCCAAUGAUGACGACAAGACCUACUACAUCAUUGAGAAGGAGCCUCUCAUCAAUACUUAUAUUUCAGUUCCCAAGGAGAACAGCACACUCAACUGUGCGUCCUUCACAGCUGGCAUUGUGGAGGCCAUGCUCACUUGCAGCGGCUUCCCUGCCAAAGUCACGGCCCACUGGCACAAGGGCACCACCCUCAUGAUCAAGUUUGAUGAGUCGGUUAUAGCACGCGACAAAGCCCUGGAUGGCCGCUGACUUCAUUUUGUGUGACUUAAUCUGAAUUGUUAUUCUACAGACAUGCUUUGUCAGUAUUCUAUGUAACUACUUUGAUCAUAUUUGGGCAGUGUGUAGUGUGGGAGAACAACAAGCAUUCUACUUCAUAAGUGAUUGUGUCUCAUUCACUGAUGCAGAGAGUGAAUGUAUCUACACCAUUUAUACUGAUUAUCUAGGACCACUUCUGCUUCCAGAAAUCUACCCUGAGUUUGUUCUUUAACUCCUGAUAGAGGAUGAGGAUUCAAGAGGGAAUAGAAUUUAUUAUUUUCUUUGUCAAGAGAGAGAUCACCCCCUAAGCAGGACUAAAGUGUGAAAAUUAAUGUAAGGCAUCAUCCUAUACUUUUUUUUUUGCUGUUGCUGCCGCCACUAAAAAAUAGUAAUGAGGAGUGUAGGUUGCUGGGACAUCAGCUUUGGAAUGAGCUGUGAAGUGUCUGCUCAUUCUGCUGAUGCUUCUUAGCUGAUUAUUAUCUGUUACUGAAUAUCGCUAUCUACUUGCAAGAAUUAGCUAGUGCUGGCUCACCCCACAAUUGACAUGAGUAGCUUUUUUAGAAUUGUUGAGGCUUGCAAACCAAAUACUUUGAGUGAAAUGUUUAAUGGUAGGGGUAAAACACAUGAGAAGGAGUGAAAGCUGUGUCUACCUCUGUGAAGUGUACUUUUUUUACUUCCCGUACUGUUCCUGCUCUGGCAACAGAAAUUUAAACCUAAUACUUGCCCCCACACCACUCAAAAUGCCCAGCUUGAAAACUCUCAAGUAAAUGGUCUUCUGAGAGUUGUUCUUAUGGAGAUUUCCCAUCAGUACAAUCAACCCUUUACUUAGCCAUUUCCACCUGUGCCUCUUUAUAAGAGAGGAGUGUGAUACAUCUCACAACUUCUCUUCCUCCUCCUCCUCCUCCUUAGAAAGUGGAAAUUAACUAAAAGACCAAGAACAUAGACGGCAUUUGCACAUAAUGUUAAAUCAGCCUACAAUUUCCAUCAGUCCCUGUCAGCAUGGCCAAUAGUCAGCUGGGGAAAGCUGUGCUAAACCAUGAUUUAAGGGGUGGCGUGUUUUUGUUGUUGUUGCAGGUUUUUUCUUGUAGUUAAGUCAACUACAAAUUGUUCCAUUAAAUAAAUACUCUAAAGAUUUUGAAGAAUUGGUUUAACCAGUUAAUACAUUCUGUAAAAAUAAUCCUUUUGGUCUCACCUUCUGAAAUUGACUAUUCGCUUAGUGAAAUGUACCCAUGCCAAUCUGUUCUGUACACAGUACAUCUCAUAUGAGUGGAACAGUGUUAGCAUUCUCUCCAGAGGGCACGAUGCGAUAAGAAAUUUGGUUGAAGCAUUAAAUUUAUAUCCAUGUGCUUUGUACAGGGACAUAAGUGAAUUUGGUAUUUGCUUAGCAUAGUGUUAUAAUGUCUUUGAGAAUGAACCUUUCCUGUUUCUCAAAAUAUCUCCCCUGUAUUGAGCAAGGUUUUAUUGCACAGUGCAGGUAUAACAUUUCAGCAUGAGAGUUCAUUCCAAAAAAUAUUUGAUUAAAUUAUUUGCUAGAUUCCAUAUGUCUUAGGGGAAUGUGAACCAGAAAGUAAACUGAUGUGUCUGA